UGAAAACCAGCCUUUCUUCGGACACCGCCACAUGUUUCUCAGCGCGCUGUUCGCAUGUCUUGCACCGUGUUUGGGGCAGCGGCAUUUGCAAGCCAACGUGACAGACACCUGGAGUGUCAAAGGUGGAGAACUUUGUACAGCAGGCAGCACCCAGCUGAAUGAGACCUUGUGGCUUGACAUUUGCAACUGUGGCAAUGAAGAAGACUGCAAAGUUUCUGGAAUGAGCUUUGAAUUGGGAUUCCAGGGCAUGGCAGUAGGCUUUGGCAAUGAGACUGUGGAGACAUGGCGGGACAUCUGGGAAUCGAGGCGAUUCCACUGGCAUCAGGAGAUAAUUGCUCCACCCGACAUGGUGGGCUCCAUGUAUAGCUUGGUCUCCAACAGCCUAAGCCUUGGGACCAUCUCUUCAGGCUUGGUGGUUGGCCAAACCGCCUACAUGGCCGAAUCUGGAAAGUCUCAGAUCCAAUUCGCCGAUUUCAUCAGCAGCGUUCCGGGCACCGUCUUCCACAGCACUGAGGUGUCGCGCAUUGAGACCUGUACGCUGGUGAAGGAAGAGCCGAGCGAUCCGAGCGACGUCAAUGAGACGGCUGUGGAGACGGCUGCAGAUGAAAAGUUCUGUGGUGAAGAGACCUCGAUCAGCCCCGGCCGGAUCAAGGUGAACUUCUAUGGGUACACGUUUGGGAAGAAUUGGGAAGCGGACGUGACGAGACCACCUGGGUCCCAUCUUUCUCUUCGCUGGCUUCUGUGCCUUGACCAUGGCAGAGCUUGGUACGUGAACCGCGAGCCCAAGGGUGCAGGAGUCGUCGAUCAAGACGAACCCAUCUGGGUCAUUGACUUGCAACAGGAGAAUGGACGACCUUUGACGUUCUUCUUUCCCAAGUCCUAUCUCUUUGGCAAUCACCUGGAAUGCUCUUUCUCAAGUGACCUGCUUUGGGACCUCCCGAUGUGGGCCUGUACGGAGUCUUCGAUGGGGGCUGUCAAUGUUACAGCCACCUCUGCAGGUGAUCUCUGUGCCAAAGAUGGUGUUGUCUUGAGCAUACGAUUCCAAUUGGAGCAUUUCAGGACCAAGGACCGGUGGUUCCUGUACACGGUGGAGGUGAACACCAGUAGCCAAGUGACCUUCGCAUCGAUCUCUGGAGUCGUUUGCCGAAGGACUUGGUCUUCAAGGCUCGCCUUGUUCGUGCUGUGCUUGAUUGGUGUUUUGAAAGAUCACUUCUAGCUCCUGACCAGUGAAUUUGGACUGCAGCCGGUGAUUUUGGCCCCGUGCCGCGGGGUGCUGAUGCCCUGCCCGUAGCUUUCUGUCGUGCAAGUGGCGCGGCGUUCACAUGCCACAGGUGAGUGGUGCAUUCUCGACAAAUUCAUUUUGGAAUUCACAGUUGACCCUCAGGGGUUGUGGGCAAAUCCUUCUUAGAAGGAGUGGCAGCCCGCUUGCACCCUUCUUUACCUAAGAUUUGUCACCGAAGGGUGUGGAACUUCUUUGAGUGAAAA